AGCGUAGGCUUCCUUUAGCAAUAGCGGCGCCUACUCCGAUUUCGGCUUUGGUUCAUUCCUCAACUUUAGUAACAGCAGGUGUUUAUUUAUUUAUUCGGUUUAGGGGGUUUUUUAAAAAUAAUAGCUUUUUAUUAAAGUUAGUUUUAUUAUUAAGAGUUUUUACUCUAAGGGUGGCAGGAGUAAUAGCUUUUUUUGAAAUAGAUUUAAAAAAGGUUAUUGCUUUUUCUACUCUUUCUCAAUUAAGUUUGAUAAUAAUUGUUUUAUUUUUAGGUAAUGAGGUUUUAAGAUUUUUUCAUAUUCUUAGGCAUGCUUUAUACAAAGCUAUGUUAUUUUUAUGUUCAGGGGUGUUAAUUCAUGAGAGAGGGAAUAAUCAAGAUAUUCGAGGGAUAAAUAAAGUAUUGAAAAGUAAUAAGUUAGUGCCUAGAGUUUUAUUAGUUUGUAGGUUGUCUUUAAUAGGUUUUCCUUUUUUAAGAGGAUUUUAUUCAAAGGAUUUAAUUAUAGAAAUAGUUUUUUCUUUGAAUUUUAAUGUAUUUUUUUUUAGGUUUAUAGUAGUUUCUGUUGUUCUUACUGUCAUUUAUAGUUUGCGUUUAAUUUAUUAUAGGGUUUUAAUAGGAAAAAUAGGGGGUAGGUUUAAUUUUGUUAGAGAGUGAAAUUUUAUAUAUUUAGUUUUAAUAUUAGGAGGAGUAGGUGUCCUGUUUUUAGGGUCUUUAUUGAAUUGGCUAAUAAUUGAGAAAUUGGAGUUUAUUUUUUUAAUUAAAAGAGUGAAAAGAUUGUGUUUAGUGCUGGUUUUAAUUAGAUUUUUUUUUAUUUUUGUGUAAAUAUGGAUUUUUUAAAAAUUUUAAAAAAUAAGCAAUACAUAUAUACAAGAUUUUUUUAGUUUCUUUUCAAGGGGCUGUUUUUAAUGUUUUAUUUAAUAAAACCAAUUAUAUAGUAUUUUAUUUUGAACAAAUAUUUGAGAGCUCUCACUCUAAAGUUUUUUAUGUAAGUGUGGAAGAUAGAAUUGCAUAUUUGGGUCUGAUUAAGUACUUUUAUUUUUAUUUUAGCUUAAUAGGCUUAUUAUUGGGUUAUAAAUUUUUA